GCGCUUACCGAAGGCGAGCAGCACAGCAACAGAAGCAACUAGCCCAGAAAAGAGGCGGCGAGGGGUCGACUGAAUGAAAAUUCAACUGGCUAGCUACAUCGAGUAUAGUUUUAGGAAAGUGCCACCCUCUCCCUAAAUAUGUAUUAUAUUUUAUAAGCAACAAACAUUACAGUUUGAUAAUAGCUCAUCUUCGUGUUUACUGUAUAGCCACGAGAGGUUAGUACAAUCCUAAAAGAGCGAGGAUGUUAGUCCCCGCGGGAAGAUAAUGAAGCGGUUGCGCGUUUUGUUGGCGUGCCUCAUCCUGUGGUGGUACCCCAGUCGUCAUGUGUGUUGUUCAGAGCACAGCUCGUCAGGUCCAGGUGUGUCUAGUGGAGACAGCAGCCUCCCAGAGUAUCACCAUGAGCAGUACCACACGACUGACCACAAGGUGGAGGAGGAGUCGGGGACACGCACACACUCCUCCUACGACGUGGGACUGGAGACAAAGAGGGCUGCACUAGAGGAACCCAACACACACAACACUGAACAGACUGUGAAUCAGGAGGAGCCUGUAGUGGUGGAGCUCUGGUCUGCCCCAGAACCACACCCUGAUCCUGAAUCCCCCACUGCUGCUGAGCCACACUCACACAACACACACCCUCACACCCACACCCACACAGACCCAGAGCCCAAUACACAACCCCCUCCCCUCCAGGACCAGGCACCUCCACCCUCCUCCUCCUCCUCCUCCACCCCACCGCCCAGCGAUGACCCAACCCAGGGACAAGCCUCCACAGACCCCCCAGCCCCAGUCGAGACCCCCAGGGAUGCCCCGGCAGACCCCAGCCCAGCCCCCACUACAGAAGACCUCCAACACACACCUACCUCUACCUCUCACAUCCCUGCUCCAGACCCAGCCAGUUCAAUAGAGGUUGCCAGAUCUGAUCCCGCAGUAGAGGAACCCCCUGUAGAGGUUGCCAGUGCUGAAGCCGAUCCCUCUUUAGAGGUUGCCAGUGCUGGAUCUAAUUCCUCUCUAGAGGGCAAUGUUUUUGCUGAUCUCUCUGGCUCUCAGUGUGGGAUGAUUCCCCACAACCUGGCAACCCAAACCCCUCCUUUUGGCAGCCCGCCCACGAGUGGUGAUGGUGACUCUGUAGAGAGCCAGUCAGAACAGGGUCAGGUUGCUCCAGGUUCUGAUGCUGAUGUCCAGAUGUCUCUCAGCCCAGAAGACCCAGACCAGGGUCUACCAGAGCUGGACCAGGGGGGAAACACCUCCCACAGGCACCAAGACACAGACCAAGACCAGCAGGCCGUGGAUGAGGCAGUGGAUGAGGCAGUGGAUGAGGCAGUGGAUGAGGCAGUGGAUGCCAGUGAUGCCAGCAGUAGGGAGACGGACCCGUCAGUGCCCAGUAAGGAGGACAUCCCAACCUUCGACGAGUGGAAGAAACAAGUCAUGGAGGUGGAGAAGGAGAAGACGCUGUCCCUCCAUACCUCCUCCAGUGGAAGCCCCCCUGUGAAGAAGGUGCAGAAGAACUUUAAAAACAACUAUGCUUCUGUGGAGUGUGGAGCUAAGAUACUGUCAGCUAACACCGAGGCCAAGAGUACCUCAGCUAUCCUCAUGGAGAAUAUGGACCUGUACAUGCUGAACCCCUGCAGCAACAAGAUUUGGUUUGUAAUAGAGCUGUGUGAGCCCAUCCAGGUGAAACAGUUGGACAUCGCUAACUUUGAACUCUUCUCCUCCACGCCGAAAGACUUCCUGGUCUCCAUCAGCGACAGGUAUCCCACCAACAAGUGGGUGAAGUUGGGAACGUUCCACGCCCGUGAUGAGCGCACCGUCCAGAGCUUCCCAUUGGACGAACAGCUCUAUGCCAAAUACGUCAAGAUGUUCAUCAAGUACAUAAAGGUGGAGCUCAUCUCCCACUUUGGAUCAGAGCACUUCUGUCCCCUCAGCCUCAUCAGGGUGUUUGGUACCAGUAUGGUGGAGGAAUAUGAAGAGAUCGCAGAUUCCCAGUACCCCUCAGAGAGGCUAGAAUACCUUGAUGAGGACUAUGACUACCCACCUGGCUACCUCCACUCUGAGGACAAGGGUUCUAAAAAUCUGCUGGGCUCUGCCACAAAUGCCAUUCUCAACAUGGUCAACAACAUAGCAGCCAACGUUCUGGGAGGCAAGCCUGAGGAAGGAGGAGCACAGAUGGAACCCAAUGCAUCAUCAGAAGCCCAGAAUGAAACCGAGGGGAAUAAGGAGGUGCUGCUCACCCCAACCCCUACCACCACCACCCCUCCUCCAGCUGUGGAGCCAGUGGAGCCAGACCACCCCGCUCCCCAGGAGGACCCUGAGCUCGCCCUCUCCUCCCUGGACUCCCCCCUAUCUCCCCCCUCCCCGGAGGAUGGACAGAUCGUGACUCUGGUGGUGGAGGAGGAGGAGCCUCCACAGUCCACUGUCACUCUGAUGGAGGAAGAGGGGGAUGAUAAUGAGGAGGAGAAGAGAGAGGAACAGUGGAUGAGGGAGAGGGAGAGCCAGCUGUACUGUCCUCUCUCCUCUGUCUCUUCCCUCUCUUCUAUCUCCUGUGUGGCCACGCUGCCAGAGCUGCUACGGCGCUGGUGUAAUGCUCGCCUCGCCAGAGAGAGACGGCGCAGUCUCAUCAAGAGGAAGCAAGACAAAUACACACACACCCCCAUAGACACUCCCUUACACACACACACCCCCAUAGACACUCCCUUACAUACACACACACCCAUACAGGACCCUGUCCCCGCCCCCACACACACCCAGGAAGCCCUAACACACACAGAGCCGGUCCCUGAUCCUGAGACUGCCCCCCAGGCCCAAAACGAGGGGCUACCACCUACAGACUCACACGAUCACACAGACACACACCCUGUGGACCCCUUCAUUGUGCUGGAGCCUAGCCGGACCUCUACCCUGCCCCCCCACAGCUUCUCUCACACCUCCCUCUCCAAACCCACCCCUACCCAGGACGAAGCUCCCCAGUCCCCCAGCCAAAACGACCCUGUCCCCCCUCCAGCCCUGCAGGGAGCCCCUGUCCCAGAGACCCAGCAGGCCAGCACCCCCACCCCUACCCCCAGCCCCACUACCCCCCUCCACCCCCCAACCUCUGAGACAGCCUCCAUGGACCUCCCUCCACACUCCCUGAAGGAACAGCCAGUCCAGCUCCUCCCCACUGCCUCCAGACCUGCAGACAUCCCCCCUCCCACCGAACUCCCUGUGCCCCUCCAGCCCGACACACACACAGAGCCACACACACCCAGGGCUGGGACAGAAGGUGGAGACCUCCAGGGCCAGGGGGAGCAGGGCGACUCCUCUCCCCAGCCAGCAGAACACCUACGUGGGGAAGAGUCCGUGGAGGACCUGCUACUUAGCGUCCCGGUGACUGCUAACGGACAUUUACACCGGACAGCUACGGACUUCUACGCUGAGCUGCAGAGCGCGGGGGAGUACGUUGGAGGGAAUGGGAAUGGAGGGAUGAACGGAGGAGUGAACGUGCACGGCUCCAGUCAGAAAGAGAGUGUGUUCAUGAGGUUGAACAACAGGAUCAAAGCCCUGGAGAUGAACAUGUCCCUCAGCAGUAGAUACCUGGAGGAACUCAGCCAGAGGUACCGUAAGCAGAUGGAGGAGAUGCAGAGAGCCUUCAACAAGACCAUCAUCAAGCUACAGAACACCUCCCGCAUUGCUGAAGAACAGGACCAGAGGCAGACCGAGUCAAUCCAGAUGUUACAGGGCCAACUGGAGAACGUCACCAAGCUGAUGAUCAACCUCACCAUGACUGUCUCACAGUUACAGAAAGAGGUGUCUGACAGACAGAGUUACCUGGUGGUGUCUCUGGUCCUGUGUCUCUGUCUGGGCCUGGUGUUCUGCCUGCAGUGCUGCCGGAGCGCCAACACACACACCGCAGUCAACCACUACCACAGCCCCAAGAGGUGUUUCUCCUCCUAUGAUGAUAUGAGUCUGAAGCGGAGGAUAUCGUGUCCUCUCGUACGCUCCAAGUCCUUCACGUUUCCUACUUCAGAAGUAGGCCCCGACGACCUUUACAUUGUUGAACCUUUAAGGUUCUCACCAGAGAAAAAGAAGAAACGAUGUAAACUGAAGGCAGCAUUAUCAGCUCCCUCUUCCCCGGUGGCUAACGGGGCACUCGAAUGCAAUGGCCUCCCCCACUCCGUGACUCCCCCUCCUCCUCCUCCCCCUCCAACUUUAGAAGACAUCUCCUGUAAGGAGCUCCGCUUCCCCUCAGAGAGCAGCAGCUGUAGCUCCUCCACACACUCUGAGGAGUCCUACAUCAGGCGAGGCCCCCCUCUCCUCCCCCCCGAGCAUGUGUAACGGCAUGCUGCCCUCCCCAUCCCGCUCUGCCUCCCCUCCCUCCCUCCCUCUAAGAAGAGAUCAGCGAAGCGUCAGCGGUCUCGUCAAUUGGAGCUGCAGUUAUCCUCCAGACAGACAGGGGGGGCUGUGAACUCUCUGCCCAGCCUGCAGCAGCUGAUCAAGGGAAACAAGGAGAUCAGCGUGGGGACAAUAGGCGCCACGGCCGUCACAGGACAUGUCUGAUCACAAACACACACUUCAGACGGACUCUUAUAUACACACACACACCCUGGUAGUAGACUUGGUUAGGGAGGUAUGAAGGGAUGUUGUCUCGCCCCAAAAUGGCCACAUCUCUGAACCACAUCUCCCAUGAGCACCCGGGCCCACAGUGGAACCCGGAAACCAUGACAUUAGUCGCCCAUCAACAGCCACCCUCCCCACCAAUCAGAGACCUCAUAACGGUCAUGUGCCUUUACUGUCCAUUCGAAAGCUUUCACCGAUGGAAAAAAAUAAUAAUAAACUCAAAGGAUUGUUAUUUUUCUUUUCGGAGAGCAAAACUGUAAUGCUGGGGAGUGUUAUAGGUAAACAGAGACAUUCAAACAUAGGUGAGCUGUUUCUACUGGACAAGCACAUUUCUCCAUAAGACCUAGGCAUCAGGGGCUUGUACUACAGCCCUGUUCCCAGAGAGGAGAAGGGCUGGCUGGGUAGAGCUCCUACCUGAGUCCCCUGCCUCUCCUAGGGCCUGUGAAAGUAGAGUAUGACGCUAUAAGGAUGAAAUGUGUCGCAGUGAGAGAAUUGUGCAGCAGGACUAGUUACUUCUCUAACCCAUCCCUCCCUCCUUCUUUCUCUUGUCCUCCAUUUCCACAUUCUGUUCAUUCUCUGUGUAUUGUUCAGAGCUAGCUAACACUACUGCAGUUGUUGUUCAUAUGGGACCAGGGUGUUAACCCUUCACACACCACAGGCCCUCUGUCUCCCUCUCUCAGGCAGUCUAACCUAACACAACACAACCAGCAGAGCUGAAUGAAGAUACACACCCUGUGUGUGUGUGUGUGUGUGUGUGUGUGUGUGUGUGUGUGUGUGUUUUCAUGUCUCUGUCUCUAGCGGCUAGCCCAUGUUUAUCCAGCUGUGAUACUAAGGAAGAAGCUCUAACUAUUUAACUAGUUUACAUAGCAGCUUGUCUCUCCAGGAAGACCUCUGAAGGUAGUAUGGGCUGGGCCCGAACUACACACACAACCACACACACACACACUCUUUCUCUCACACACUCACACUCACACACACAGCCAGUUAAGAGAAAAAGGAUCUUGUACUGUUAAAAUACUGAAAAUGAGGAUAAAGUAUAUUCAAGAAUCAGUAAUUUGGGUAGAUUUUCAACAUCUCUGCAUACAUUUUAAAGAUCACAUAUAACUGGCAUUCUUGGGCCAUUCUAUUGUGUUCUCCAGACCCCCUCAAACAUUUUAAGCCAUCAUUAGGCUUUAUGUACCUAUUAUUUAUGGAGAUAUGGCCAUGUGACUCCUGUCCAAAAUGGCCCCAUGGAGCUGGUUGGUGGCCAUUUUGGAAAUGGCUGCCAGGGUGGUAAUGUAAAACAUCUGUGAUGGCACUAUAGCUAUAAAAAAAAAUACUACUUAGGACUUGUCCUAGCUGUGUGUGAAAUUUGGUGACUUUAUCACAAAGUCCACAAUGCCCCUCAACUUUGAGGCUUAGCUGCUGGACUUUUUAUAGGCUGGUUGUUUUUGCACAUUGUGACAUUGUGGCAGGUAGUCUCUGCACCCAGAACCCAGUCAGUUAGUUGGGUUGUGUUUUUAUAUUGAGCUGUAUAUGAGCCAGCUGAGAACUAAAUGUUGUGUGAUAUUCUGGUUGUUGUUAGGAACAGUUCAGUCUGAAGAUGUCACAGUGUGUUAGAGCCCACACCCUCACUAUGUGGGUAGAAGUUGCCUUUAGUUACUGAUCUAAGGUCAUAUUUCCCUCCCCCAAUUCCUAAUGUUCACCAUUUGAAUCAACAAUGCAAUAUACUGACCUUGGAACAGAGCCGAUUCCCUGCGGUCCUGUCGAGGGUGCUGUGAGGCCAGUUUUAUUUAUCUAUUUAUUUAUGUCCUGGCCUCACAGCAACCCCCACAUACUGUAGCCCAGGGGGGCACACACACACACACACACACACACACACACACACACACACACACACACACACACACACGGUACAGACAAUAAUAAUGGUUGCAAUUAAAACACAUACACACAAAGGGACAUGUACAUCAGAAGAGGCUGGUGGGGGGAGCUAUAGGAAGACUGUAAAAGGAUUGUAAUGGCUGGAAUAAAAUUAAUGGAACGGUAUCAAACACAUCAAACAAAUAAACCACGUUUGACUCCAUUCCAAUAAUUCCAUUCCAGCCAUUACAAAGAGCCCGUCCUCCUAUAGCUCCUCCCACCAGCCUCUGAUGUACAUAUGUUGUACAUACAUACCAUGGUACUGUCACAUACUGUAAUUUUCACUGGCUGCCCGACACACUAGUUAACAUGUUGGCUCAGGUGUUCACCUCUUUUGUGACCAAUAUUUGUUUUUACAAAUAUAUAGGGACAACAAGGUGUCCACCUUUUUUAUGUUUCUGUCAUUUUAGAGAUAGCUAGGUCAUCUGGUGUUUGCAGAGUAACCUCCACUGUCACACACACACACACACCCCUCUCUUAACUAGACCUCUAUCAGGGUACAGAGGGCUGUAACUAUAACAGCCCCAGUAAUAACUGUUGCUGGGUCGUAUGAGACUGAAUAAUAUUCAAUAUGAACCAGCCACACCUCACAAGUCAGAGGGUGUUGGUCUGCUUCCUUUGUUGUUCAGAGUCCUUUGGGAAGAUGAAGUUAAAAGAGAAUAAAUGUUUGAAGUCAUUGUUUGUGUGUAUGUAUGUGUCUAUAUGUCUGUGCAUGGAUAUGAUUGGCACGGCUUAGGGCAAAAUGUGAAAAAUCACAUGUCUGUACUAUAUGUGUAGGAGGCCUGUGUAUAGUGUGUCUGUGGGUGUGAUCUGAUGGCCUCUGAGUUGGGUUGGUUGUUGACUGACUGAAAAAGAAUCACUAAUACCAUAAACCAUAUAAACACUACACACUCCCUCUACAGACCCGCCUCCCAGGUCCCCUACUCCACCCUCUCCACACCCUGACCUCUAACCCCUACACAGGUCAGGGUCCAGACAGUGUGACGAGCUCUUUUAAUGCACCUGUUUUAAUUUAACCACUUCUCUUCCCGUUACCAUGAACAGCACCUUUAACUGGCCACCUCUGCUUUCCUUACUAGCUGUCCAUCCAUUCAUUCAUUAGUUGUUCAUAAAAAAAAAUCAUUUUUGUCAUUUAGCAGACGCUCUUAUCCAGAGCGACUUACAGUUAGUGAGUGCAUACAUUUUUCAUACUGUACAUUCACCCCACCUUGUAGGCAUGUAGUGGUUUUCAGAGGAUUCUGACAAACUUAUUAAUUGAAUAAAGGGAAUGUUGGGAAAGGGUUUGGAACACAGCGUUUUAUCUGAACCAGUGUUCCAUACCCAGCGAAUCAUGACCCUCUUCUUUGUUUUGCUUCCUUUUUUUAAUGUGUAUGGUAUUAUAAUUGUAUGUGUGUAUGCAUGCGAGAGUGUUUGUGUGUUCUCUUGAUGUGUGAGUGAGAGACGCAGCGAAGCCCUAAUUUAACACAGUGACUAGAGAGAUUGGUCCUCGGUGACCCCCAAGGCUCAGUGUGCACUUUGUUUUUAUUACAACCUUCAUGCCUUUUGUUUUUCUACACUAAACCCUGUCUGUCAAGUGCUUUCUGGCCAUGCCUCCCUCUCUAUUUCUUUCUUUCUCUCUCACUGUGAGCACUCUGAGGAAGAGCUGCACAGUAUUGUGGAACAGGAGCGAGAGUGUAACUACAAAUAUGUAGUGCCAUUAGAAACUGUGAAUUUCUAAAUAAAUUUUUGUUGUUGUCUUUCA